UUUCCUGCAUGAAACAUAAACGAUGGUAGAAAUACGAAAGAUAAUAAAAGAUUGAAGCAGAAAACAUAUAUAAAGCAGGGACUGAUAUCGAUGCGAUUGUAUCGCUCCGUAUACACCAAAGCAGUAUAAAAUCGUGUCGCGGCCGAAACGCCAAUUAUGUCUCGUAUUGUUUUCGUUCUUCUGGUCGUUGUCGCAGUACUAUCGACCGUUCUGGGCUCGGAUUUACCGGGAAAGGAAUCUGAAAAGAAGAAAUGUGGAAAAAAUGAAGAAUGGACCGAUUGCAAUUCAUUGUGUUCUCCAGCUUGUGGACAAAUGAAGCCAACAGUUUGUCCUGAUAUCUGCAUCCCCGGUUGUCGGUGUAAACACGGGUUCUUGAAAAACAAGCGGAACCAAUGCGUUCUUCCUCGCGACUGCGACUGUUAAUAAUUAAUUGGAAACAAUUUAUGUCCAAACUGCAAUUUUCGGAGAUAUGAAUGUUGAGAAAUUCUUUUAAAAACAUAAGCAGUUUUACUGUAUUAAGCAUGUCAAAUUUUUUACGUUUUUAUAUCUGCAUCAUAAAUAUUUGAUAUUAUAUAUAUAUGUGUAUGUGUGUGUGUGUGUGUGUAUGCGUAUGUACGUGAUAUAAAAAACAUUGUAAAAUGUUAAGAUAUCGUAUUACGACGCGAAUUUCGUGCUUACCGAGAUAUUGGAACGAUAAAUAGAAUACGUAGCUAAAAGGCAGCAACAAAAGUAUGCAACAAUAAAUUUCGAAAUUACAUGUAAAUGUUAAAAUCAUAUAUAGUUCUUACUUAUACAUGCUUAAAAUGUAAAACUGAACUUUGAAGAGAAAUCCUGUAAAACGUGAUGUAUCUAACGAUUCAUAAAUAUUUGCAAAAUAUCGUGUCAUGAAUUAUACACGUAAUAGCUAUCAAUCAUGUAGGUAUCGAAACUUCAACGAAUGUAAAAUUAACUGCGCGUUUUGAAUUAUUAAUUGUGAGCAAAAAGUUAAAAAUAUAAAUUAUAUUAUUUAUCGUUAAAGCGCUCUUCUCUAAUGUUGCAAUAUUCGAAGCGAUAACUAUUGCUAUAUAUAAAAUGAUGUAAAUUAAACUUAUCGUUGGAAGCAUGAAUAAAAGUGAUAGAGCGAAACGUACAUCGAUAAGAAAAAACUAAUAACAUCUCUUGAAUAUAAAAAUCACGCCGUUAAAUUAAAAUAUGUUAGAGAGUUUGUACAAUGACGGUCAUAAUAGUAUGUAUCUAUGAUCCCAAGUAAUUUAAUAUGUUGCCGCAUAUUAUUUGAGUGCAUAGAAUAAUUGUAUAAAUUAAUUAUAAUUUUGUUGAUUUAAAAAAAAAGGAGCUUCGCAGAGCAGAUCGCCGCUGCAAGGAUGGAUAUGUAUUCAAUAAUGACAGGCAUUGCGUUUUACCGUCACAGUAUGAGUCAUCAUAAACAAAGAUGCGAUUAAAAAUUGUUUUAAUUGAUAAAUAAAACGGCGGUUGCGUGAGAAAGAAUAUAAUUUUGAGAUAAGAGUAAUCAGUGACGACAAACAAAUACAAGAUGUAUCAAAGUCAACGAGUAUCAUCGAUUCUCGGAACCAAUUUCUCGCCGAAGUAUUGUGUCACCAAUAAUUUUCGAAUAAUUAGUAGAAAUUAGAAAAUUGUAUUCUUUAAACGACUUCAAAUAGAUUGUGGUUUAUAAGAAUUUUAAAACAUGAUAAUAAA